CGCCUUGCUUUCUUUUUCAUUUUCAUGUUUUAGGGUUUUGAUUGCAUCUAAUCCAAUCCAAUCCAACAUUUGAAGUUGAAGACGACGCUCACCGUGGGGAAUUGCAUUGCAUGAACGGUUCUUGGUUAGGGUUUGGAAUCGGUGGUGCAAAGUGAGGAGAAGAUUGGUCCCUCCGAAACAUGUCUGCCAUAGUGUGUGGGAAGAGAUCAGCCCUAUUCGAAGACCUUCCAUCAUCAUCUUCUCCACCCCUUUCCAAGAGGAUCCGUUGUUCCUCUUCUUCUCCUCAUCGUUUUUCCCUCAUCCACCACCUCACCGCCUUUUUCCCUGACAUGGAUAAUCAGCUUCUGGAGAAAACUCUUGAAGAAUGUGGCAAUGAUCUCGAUUCUGCUCUCAGAAGCUUAAAUGAGCUUCGGUUAGGAGGAUCUGUUCAGAAGUCACUUGAUUCUGCUGACAUUGGAUCUGAUGCAGCUGUUGAUCUUAAUGCUCAACUUCAUCCAGAAGGUGAAGGCAAAUGCGAUGCGGAAGUUGCAGCUUCUGAUGAUCCAGUAGCUGGACAAAAUUAUCCUAUCAAUGGUGCUGAAUGGGUAGAGCUUUUUGUUAAAGAAAUGAUGAAUUCUUCAAACAUGGAUGAUGCCAAAGCUCGAGCUUCAAGAGUGCUAGAGGUUCUGGAGAAAUCCAUUUGUGAGCGAGCAAGCGCAGAAACAGAAAUGAAUUUCCACCAGGAAAAUAUGAUGCUAAAGGAACAAGUGGAGGCCCUUAUUCAAGAAAAUAUUAUUUUGAAGCGAGCUGUAUGUAUUCAGAAUGAACGACUGAAAGAGUCCGAAGAUAGGAAAGAAGAGUCAAAGCAUCUCAAGCAAUUAGUAUCACAGUAUCAGGAACGGCUAAGAACUUUAGAGGUCAACAAUUAUGCGUUGACAAUGCACCUAAAGCAGGCUGAACAGAGCAGUUCCAUCCCUGGGCGUUUUCAUCCAGAUGUUUUCUAGGCACCCACCUCCUAACAACAACGUAAUCAGUCUUAGCUGUUUGUUUCUGUAGUUUAAAUAAUCAUGAAGAAGGAACGAGACAAUGAAUUUUGGAAACACAACACGAUUAUUCAGCUGAAUGUAUGGUUGUCUGUACCCUUAUUUUUACUCCACCUUUUAAUUAAUGGUGGAUAGUGAAGAUUUUUUACAUCAUUUAGAUUUUUGGUGAUGAUAUAAAUCCGCCUUUUC